AUGGGCAAAUCACAAAUUGCCCAAGCUGCAGUGGCCACCCCAGUAACCCAUGCCACUUGGAAAAAGGUGAAAACAACCAGGGGAUCCAAAGAAAAGAUGGUCAAGUUUACUCUGAGAAAGAAGGCAAGAUAUGCAACUGGCCAAAGCAAUGAAUCACCUAGGGCAGGAUCUUCGAGCAUCCAGGAACCCAAUUUAGUCCAGGGUAAUGAUGCUGACCUAUAUUGCUACAUGGAUGAUGCAUCACCACCAAGGACAUCAAGAAUUCCAAAAAGCCAGAACAGUUAUCUGGAAGAGUGGCUGCCCUAUAAGAGUAGAUACCUGUCUGUGCUCCUGGACAUGGAGGCCCCACCCAAUGUCAUGGCUUGUUUUGUACAAAAAUGGAAUGGAAGAUUAUUUGAAGACUUCACUCUACAGCUGGUUGGUUUGGUGCUACACUUGGGCCAUGCUGGAGCACCAUGCUCAGCAGGAGAAGGUUCUUGGGAGGAUGCUGCAAGCCAUGUAGAUGAAGAGUGGGAGGACAUUGAGGAGAUUGUGGACACUGGUGGCAUGCACUUUUGCAAUGUGCAGUAUUGCAACUGCCCUGGGUCUGAGGAUUCACACCCUCAGCUUACUAUGGCCAGCCUAUUCCCAGCUAUGACUAAGGCACUAAGGAUGGCUUUCACUUUCCAGGUGCUGGACAACUUCAUCAGGGACAAUGUUGAAUAUGGAACCUCUGCCAUGAACUAUUAUAGCAAACUUCAGAGAUUGAAGAAUAGCUAUAGGGAAUUGCUCAGGGUGUUGAGAAUGUGGAGGAUCCUAAAGCUGUUGAAAUGGCAGGGAUUCCAUCAACAGUUGCCUGAUACCUGGGCCAGUGAACUUGUCCUCUUCUGCCCUGCCUGUCCCCAGCCAGGGAUCAAUGUACCAGAUCAGGAUAUCGAUCUCUCUGACUGGCAGUUUGCUAGGACCUUUGUGAUGGAUGGUAACUUCAAGGCUGAGCAUAUGCUGCCCAAGAAUGCUGCCCAAAAGAAAUCUGACUGCAAUAACCACCAGGCUGUUAAUCAAGCAAAUGCACAAAGGAAUAAGUUGGAAUUGGCUGGGAUUGGUGGAUGUGCCUGUGUGAGGCAUGGUUGUUUUGUACCUCAUGCAAUGGUUAACUUUCAGAAGGGAGAGCAGCAGGUCAAUAUGGAUUAUGCUCUGGUCCAUGCCAUGCACCAUGGAUUGGACCCCUGGCAACUGGUCAUAACCUUUUAUGACAUCAAUUGUGCCAGCCAGGUGGAUGGUGAAAUCAUGGAGACCCUCUGGUCUUCUCUCAACAUAAUCUCACCAUCAGCCCAGGGAAUGGCAACAGCACACCAUCAGGAGUUGCUGGACUUCCAAAUGAAUGAUAGUAACUUCCUCAAAAUGAUAUGGAUCAUCAGCAUUGAAUGGAAGUUCAAGGUUGCCAAGCAGUCAUUAGCAACAAUCCAAGAUAAAUUCAAUGAGUUGGAUAGCAAGUUAUGGGUGGAACAAGAACUUGUGGUGCAGUCAUGCCGGCAGAAUACUCCACAGGCCAUGGACAUAUAUGAAGUCCAGCUGGAGAAGGCACCCACCAUGAAAGCCAUUGAGAUUGACCUAAUCCAUAACAACUGUUCAUUCAGCAGCUCAUGUGGUUCAGCUACUUGGAUUGCAUGGGCAUUAAAGGUUGAGCAGGCUCAAAUAAUGGACACCAGGGCAACAGAGGCAGACUGGUUGUCAAUUUCAUGCUGGCAAGACCAGUUGCAAUCACAGAUUGAUGCACUAGUACAUGGAGCAGCCCAGUUCAUCGGAAAUGACUGGCAAGUUAACCCCAGGCAAAGGCCCAGAAGUAUAGCCCCAUUUGACAGGGACAGUAACAAUGAAACUGAUGAUCCAUUCCUCCCUGAUGAUCCUGGUCACCAGGAGUAUUUCCAUGACAUUGGCCUCAGCAAUCUUGUGGAACAGGAAAUACAUCUGAGACAGGGCCAGGCAAAUGAUGCAUUGCAUGAAUUGCAUCUGGCCCUCAUGGACAAGGCCAUGAUAUUUCAUACAGAUGUCCAGAAAGGAGGGAACUACAAAAUGACAACCUGGGCAUGGGGGUGGAUAUCCAAUGCAGAGGCAAUGGUUCAGUGGCAUGCUGCAAUUGCAGACCCAAAUGCAAGAGGUCAUUGUGAUGACACUCUGACCUGGUUUUGGACUAUGGACCUUCCCCAGGAUUCUGCCAUGAAUGACAGGAUGUUGGAAUUUUAUCAAGUCAACUGGCUGCAUACAAAAGCACUAUGGGAUUGCUGGGAAGAAGAGCUAGAGUUACUCACACUGGAGACUGGGUGGACACAGAAAUGCUUCUCACACAAGGAGAAAUUCUGGAGUGGCCAGCAUAUGGAGGCAUUGGCAGUGGGCAAUACUGGCUUCACAUGUUAUAUGGCUAGGCAGUCCCAGAUGUAUUGGGAUUUAGCCAGAACACUAGGAUGUACUUCAAGAUAUGAAUUGGAAGAGUAA